GGGAUAAAAAGAAGGUAGUAGCAAGAGAGAGCUCAUGUCUAAAACCUGCACAUUUAGUGCAGUGUCAGGAGAAAUCAGAAAGGUGGGUGAAUAACAAGCAGGAUCAGGAGACACCAAAGGGGCUCACAAGAAAUUUUUUUCCCACAUUUGUCCACACACACACACACACCCACACACACACACCCCUAUAUAUAUAUAUGAGUUGAAUGGCUGUCCCAAUCUUCCUUUCUUUGAAAUCUUCUUCUCCUUCGGGUCUACUGCUCGCAGUGGUACUCGUAUUGGCGCUGGAAUCUCACGCGGUAUCGCUAGAUGCGCGAAGAUUUCUCCGCUCUUCCUCUUCUUCUUCAAUUAGGAUCCUGUUUGGCACAGUCUACUGCGAUAGUUGCCUGGAAGCGAGGCUCACGCGCAACAGCAUAGUCUUCUCAGAGGCCGAGAUCCAAAUCGAAUGCGUCGGCAACCGCGGGAAUCCAGAUCACUCCACCGUCGUGAGCACCAACGAGACGGGGCAAUUCCAGGCCCAAAUCCCACCACAGUUCGACGCUUGCUCCGUCCAGUUCUUGAGCAAAGCUCUCGACUCUUGCGCCACUCCGGCGGCAGCAUUUGCUACGUCCGCGUCACUCGAUCAGCCGCGUGAUCUCGUGUUCCGGCCAAGCCAAGCGCUGGCCUUCUGUUCCACUCCCGCCAGGCGCGAGGCGCUAACGUUGGGGCCGCCAGAAGCUCCGAAGAAGAGCACGCAGGGUUACAAGCUCGACCCCCCGGAACCCCCUCGGCCCCGGAAAUUCGUCGUCACUACAAAGGCGUACCACCUCGGCCCCCCGAAUCCUCCGCAACCGAGGACUGCCAACCACAACUAGCUUCUUUUCUCUCUUGUAUACACAUACUCAAAAGUGAAGUUUGAUGAGUUCUUCGCGGUGUC